AUGGACCGAGCACUGCGACUGCAGCAACGCAUGUUCAUGACCGAAUUCGUGCAACAAGUGGUGACAAACCAGGAAUCACCCACGCAUUAUAACGAUCAUAAUUGUGGGAAGACUAACCACUCGAGGUCGGCACCUUACUGGGCCACAAGCGACGUCUCUCCAGGCAUCGAGAGGUUGCUACACAGACAGCGUCGAGCUCCGUCAGCUACCAAGCUCCGUCCGUCUUCAGCUUCGACCGCCCCCGCCCAGUCUCGAGCGACCAGACGUGUCGGCAAGGAAACCUCAGCACCUCCUCCUCCUCCACGUCGUCAGCUCGAUAAUGAUCAGCACCUCGCGUGGGCCGCACGCAUCAGUGAGCUGUAUCAACCCGCUGUGCCCACCCCCGACCAGUAG